ACUCCGCCCACAAGUGUGUAUUUCCUGUAAUGGCUGACCAAAGCAACGUAGGACGUUUUAGAUAGAUUAAUUGGAUAUUCUUUCAAGUUUUCAUAGCUUUGGGAGCCGAUGGCAAACGUACAGCCUUCCAAUCAACAAGUUGGAGAAAUGGAGAGUUUGUCAAACAUGCUGUCUCCGGAGGCAAAAGAAUUUGUUCCACGGCAAUUCUCCGGCAUGCCUAGUAUAUCAGGUCCAUUAACAGACGGCUUGUUGGGUCCUGGACCCGGAAAAGAUCAGUCCGGUGUGAACGGGUUACCUAGUUAUAUUACCACAUGCUAUCCUUUUGUUAAUGCUGGGGAGCCAAGAUUUGGUGGUGUAAGACCAAGGCAUAGAGGAAAAUAUACGCCACAACAGGCAUUAUAUAUGUCGCAGCAGUACCAACAUAUACAGCCAGGUAAAGGCUACGUUCCCACAUCCGGUUGGGGCCCGACGGCCAUUGGUGACAUGAUGCAGCCGUACGGUAACGUACCGAACGGUAUGCCAUUCGAUGGGGGUACAUAUCAGAACGGAUUUAUACAUACCUCUCAGCUGACUGGGUCAGGAGAUGGGAAAGAAUAUUCCAGUGCGAGGCAGAACUUUUCUGGUGAUAAUUUCAUAGAAACGCCCCAUUUACUGAACGGCUUCAAGGAGCCUGUCAAUCAACAGUGGAAAACUAAACAUAAAUCAGAAGCUAACCGUGAUGGAACCAUGAAAAUAUGCUACAAGAGUUCAUCUGUUCAAACAGAUUUUCCGGAGCACAUCGCCAGCGCAACAUUAGAAGAAUCACCAAACACCCUGUAUAAUAAUGGUCAAGUGGCUUAUAAAGACCAUCAUAAACCUGGCAGCAGACGGUCACGUCAUUCAUCGAACAGGAGCGCGUCUGACAUUGACACUGAGGACGGUAUGUUACUAGGACGUAACACCGUCUCCAACGGUACCAAUCCGUCGACCGGGUUCACUGAAGGUAUCUGUGUAGCUAGCCUGGCUGUAUCUGAUAACCAAUUUAGUCACAUGACCAAUAACUCUGGUUCGUUAUCUACUGCUUAUACUGUGUAUUCUGGUGCCACAGGGUUCAAAGGUCACGGUCACAAUGAAAGUUCGAGUACUAUGCAUGGUACGGUAAAUUCGGUGCCUUAUUUAAAUGAUAGUGGUGUAGAGCCUACGUUUAGGCGGUCUUAUGCAAGUAUUGCUCAAACAAACCCUAGUCAGACUCAUAAACAAAACUUGGUUGUCGCGGCAACCGAUCAAGGUGAACAGGCCAUCUGUGAUAAUAGUGUUACUAUAAGUAGAACUACGUCCGCGAAAAAGUAUGUGAAAGAGAGUAGUAGGUCGGCAUCUAGGAUUGGCAAUGUGAACGUUAAUGUCGCGGAAAUUAUGCAGGAUUUGGAAAGGGCAGAUAAAAAACUUGAAGACUCAGCAUUUAAUUCGGAAAACGCAUAUCAAAAACAACAUGGUGAGAGUGAAACGGGACCUGUCAAGUUUCUGUAUAGCGCUGCCGUCAAAGAAUUGCCAAAGGCAGAAAAUCAUAUCUCAAAUGUGUCAACAAUUAGUCAGGUAUCACAGAGAAGUUCAAAGGUCAAUGAACAUAAAGGUCAUUUGACCAAUUCUCAUUGUGUCCAUUUGGGAAAUGAACGAAAAUCGGGAGAGACUGAAAUUAAAAGUCAUCAUGGUGUCCAUCAAAAGUCACAGUUAAAAGGUCAUCCGCAGGUUAAUGUGAGUGGACAGUUCAAAGGUCAAAACUUUUUCAGUGAUAGCAAUAAAUCAGAUAUUGACCUUGAUAGGAAAGGUCAUUCCCUAAGUGAUAAUAAUAACAACAAUCAGGGUGACGGGGAAGGGAAGAAGAAAAAGCGUCGCCGGCGGCGACGGAAGAAGAAAACAGGGGAGGUAACUGCUGAAAAUGAGGAAACUGUUGGUGCUUCAGAGGAGAUAACCCUUCAUUUUGAAGACGAGGAGGAGUUUCCGGAUUUGUCCGGUUGUGGCGGUGGGUGCCAUCCCGCAAUUUCUAGUCAGUUUCCUGCGGCCACUAUGUCAUACAGUGAUAUCAUCAAUAAUGCUAAUAAUGUGCAAUCUACAAAAACCAUAUCUCCAGACGAGCAAUUUUCUCCGGACACUGCAGGUACGUCUUCAGUGAAGGAGAGUCGAAGUUCACGAAAGCGACGGAAAAGACGAGAGGUUGCAAACAAGGCUGCCGACGCAGAAAUGGCUGAAAUAAACCUUGAGCAACACAUGCUGGAGUUGAAGAUGAAGCAAAAGUUGCCACUUGCGGCAAAGAAAUCGGUCUCGCCAGUACGGAAUGCUCCGUCACAGGGAGUGUGGAAGCUUACCCCAUCUAGUCCCGCCUCCCAGUCGUCCUCCACUGGGAAGAAGGUUUCCUUGUUGUUGCCAGGUACCGUGGCAACGGAGCCAUCCCAUAAUUCCAGCCCACACCAGCCAAAUACCUCUGCUGUCCGACAGCCAGGUAUUUUGAAGACUUCUCAGGCCACGCCCCCAGCACAACAGUCUUCUGCUGCUCAAAGUGGUAAAAAAUCUAAACAGCCAAUAACCUACGACUUUGGUGCCUUAAUUGAUGCGCUCGAGUCGAAGAAGGAGCAGACACCUCCACCCAAGAAAGAUGCGAAGUCGGUUGUUGCUAAAAAAGAUGAAUUAAAAUCGCUUAAUGCCUUAGAUUCCAGUGCACCAGCCAUAAAGAGAGGUAAAGAAAGAGAGACGCCAAAAAUAAAGAAACCCAGUCCACUGAAGAAGGUUAUUUUAAAGGAAAGGGAGGAAAAGAAGAGACUGAGAUUGCUGGAUGAGGAUGAAGUGGCUUCUGGACUUGGCAUGAUGCCCCCCGCAUUUCCUAAUUCACCCAUAAGUGCUCCUCUUGGGAUUGGUGUAGUGAGUGGAGGAGAAUCAGACCUGUCACAGGACACAAGUUUUAAAGGAUCGAUGGAAGUGGGUCUCGGGACCCCAGCGAGUGCCGAACUGUCGCCCAUUAGUCAACAGUCUCCAAGCUGUAUGAGCCCGAUGAGCCCGGGUGCGAGCCCCCUCUCGUCUGGGGUUAACAGUCCAGUUACUGGAGCUAUACAGCAGACGGUCAAGUUAAAAAUUCACAGCAGAAGAUUUAGAGAGUACUGCAAUCAAGUGCUAGAUAAAGAGAUAGAUAAUCAUGUGACGGCCCUGUUACAAGAUCUUGUUAGAUUCCAGGAUAAACAAUACCAUAAAGAUCCUGUGAAGGCAAAAGCAAAGCGAAGAUUUGUGCUUGGUCUAAGGGAGGUAACCAAACAUCUUAAGCUGAGAAAAAUCAAAUGUGUAAUUAUCUCCCCUAACCUGGAGAAAAUCCAAUCAAAAGGUGGUCUGGACGAUGCUUUAAACUUGAUUCUGGAGCUCUGUAACGAUCAAAAAGUGCCAUUCAUCUUUGCCCUUGGACGUAGGGCCCUGGGACGGGCAUGCGCAAAAUUAGUGCCAGUCAGUGUAGUAGGUGUGUUCAACUAUGAAGGGUCAGAGGAAAAUUUCAAGUCCCUGGUUGCGUUAACAGAAAAAGCGAGAGACGCAUAUCGUGAGAUGAUAGUUCAGAUUGAGAAAGAGAUGGCCGAUCACCCACCUAGGUCGUCCGUUCCGGGUGUGCCUCAUAUAUUUGCUCACAUGGGACAUUCCCGCACACCCAGCGGGUGCAGCGUUAUUUCGUUUACGUCAAGCAUUUUAUCUGAACCAAUUUCCGAAAAUUACCCCCAUUCUGAACCGGAGACGGACAAUAGAGGUUACGAAAUAGAAAAAGGUGGUGAAGACAUUGAGGAUGGGGCUGAAAGGUUCGACGACGAGGGAGAAGAUGCCUAUGAGGCAGACGAUGAACGAGGGUAUUCGCAUAAGGCGAAAAAAUCGAAAAAAGUUUAUUCUGAAAAUAUUAAAAAUAACACUAGUGUAGAAUCUGGUAUUGAGAUGGCGGAUCCUCUUGACAAAGAAGAUAUUGAUGUAAAUGGGAAUAACUUUGAUGAAAGUUUGAAAAAUGGCGUAGUUGGUGACACAGUGAACAGUUCGGCAGCUGUAAGGAAAGUUCAGGGUGAAUUGGGUGUAUCUGGGCAGGUUGUUGUAGAUAAUGAUGUAGAAAUUGCCGCAGACAUUGACAAUGCAAGUAAGGUGAAUUUAGGUGAUACGGAUAUUCAGGGAAGUGAUAGUGGGUCGGACUUUGACUCUAACGAUGACUCCGACAGUGAAGACGGUCCGACAGACGAGGGUGGCGACACUGUUGAAGCCUUGCCGACGUUUAUCGAUUCAGUCCACCAUUUUGAUCUGACGGAGAUACUCUCGCAACAUUCUUCAAAAACCAUGGAAAACGGCGAGGACGUGAUGUCGACGCAUUCGUCAAAAACAACUCAUUCCUCGCGUACGUUAGGCGAUAGUAGCGGUUUAGCCGGUGAUAAAAACAAUCGGAAACUUGAUUUGAAAAGUGUAGAUAAGCCCGGAAUGUUGCCGUCGAUAAAAACUAAAUCUGGCGUAGACAAAGAUUUCAAGGAGCACCGUACACAGUCAUGGGUUAACGAAGCGCAGAAUUUUAACUUUAACGAUCAAUCGGAAUCACCGAGAGAUCCUGACGAAAAUGUUGUAGACGUAAAAAAUGUUCCGAUGGAAUGUUUAGACGCAGUUGCCUGAAUAGACGAUCCUAGUGGUUCUAUGAAUUGAUGUUUAAUUGUAGCUAGUGAAGAAUUUUCCGGAGUUUAAAACUGUUGUAAGAUAAGGGUUGUAAUGUUAAGGAAUGUUUUAUCUUAAACGAUUGAAAUUGCCUGAAUUCACAGUAGAUAAAAGAAUUGCCUGAAUUCACAGAAGAAUUUUCUGGAAUUUAAGUUUUUGUAAGAGAAGGGUUGUAAUGUUAAGUGUUUUAUCUGAGUUGAUUUAAAUUGCCUGAAUUCACAACAGAUAAUGAAAAUUGCCUGAAUUCACAGUAGAUAAAAAAAAAUUGCCUGAAUUCACAGCAGAUAAAACAGUACCAGAAUUCAUAGCAGAUAACAGGAAUUGCCUAAAUUCAUAGCAGAUAACAGGAACUGCCUAAAUUCAUAGCAGAUAACAGGAACUGCCUGAAUUCAUAGCAGAUAACAGGAAUUGCCUAAAUUCAUAGCAGAUAACAGGAAUUGCCUGAAUUCAUAGCAGAUAACAGGAAUUGCCUGAAUUCAUAGCAGAUAACAGGAACUGCCUGAAUUCAUAGCAGAUAACAGGAACUGUCUGAAUUCAUAGCAGAUAACAGGAACUGUCUGAAUUCAUAGCAGAUAACAGGAAUUGCCUGAAUUCAUAGCAGAUAACAGGAACUGUCUGAAUUCAUAGCAGAUAACAGGAAUUGCCUAAAUUCACAGCAGAUAACAGGAACUGUCUGAAUUCAUAGCAGAUAACAGGAACUGCCUAAAUUCAUAGCAGAUAACAGGAACUGCCUGAAUUCAUAGCAGAUAACAGGAAUUGCCUGAAUUCAUAGCAGAUAACAGGAAUUGCCUAAAUUCAUAGCAGAUAACAGGAACUGCCUAAAUUCAUAGCAGAUAACAGGAAUUGCCUAAAUUCAUAGCAGAUAACAGGAACUGCUUGAAUUUGAUUGAAGAGGGAGGUGUUUGUCUGAAUUAAUACUUGACUACAGGAAGUUUUACCUGAAAUUGAAUUUUGCCAGAGUUCUUUUGUCUCGAAACAAGUUAUAGUGAAGUUAAAAAUGGCUAGAAAAAAAAGACGGCCUCGCAAAGGAAAUAUGCAAUUAAGAUAGGUAUAGGGCAAAAGCCAGUGUUAUUCAUCAUGUAAAGGGCUCAGUAUGAAGUAAUGUGAAAAAAAAUCUGUUGUGUAAAUUUUCAUUUCUUACUAAGAAGUGUGGCGGUAAAGGAAGUUGACAUCAUUUGCGUUGUAUGCUGACAUAGUGUAAAAUUGCGUUAAAUGUUAGCGUUACAGUGUAGAUGC